CUGUAAUUAGGGGCUCAGCUGAUCAGUUUGAUGGAGCCUCCUCUGACGGUCAGGGCGAUGUGGAUUCCCCGAUAGGGGCAAAGGGCAGAAAUCCCGACCGACCCGAAGGAAACACACCCAGCACAAGGAAAACUGCAGACAGAAUGGUUAGUGGAGCUGAGCAGAUCAUCAUGAAGCACCCUGGGACCCCGCAUCCCUGAUACACCCCAUCGCCACAGAGAGGAUCCUCUGGAAACCACACAGACAAAAAAAAAAAAAAAAAAAAUGAGGCUUUUCCGGAGGCGCUACAGCCCCUUGAAAGUGGCUUUAGCAGGUGCCGUCUUCGUCAUCUUCCUCUUCAUCCUGCAGAAGGACGUGGGGAACAAGGACCCAGGCGAGGAACCCUGGUUGAAGAAUAUUGUCCAGGGGAAGGACCAAGUCCUUGACCUGAUGCUGGGGGCGGUCAACAACAUCCGAGACUCGAUGCCGAAGCUGCAGAUCCGAGCUCCGGUUCGGCAGCAGGAGCCUCCGUCCGGCGCUCGCGCCUGCCUGCCCGGCGUCUACACGGCGGCGGAGCUUCGGCCGCUGAUGGAGAGACCCCCCCAAGACCCCGCCAGCCCCGGAGCCGACGGCAAAGCCUUCAAGAAGGAUCACUGGACGCCGGAGGAGACGAAGGAGAAGGAGCGAGGUUACGAGAAGCAUUGCUUCAACGCCUUCGCCAGCGACCGCAUCUCCCUGCAGCGAGCGCUGGGCCCCGACAGCCGCCCGCCGGAGUGCAUCGACCAGAAAUUCAAGCGGUGCCCCCCCCUGCCCACCACCAGCGUCGUCAUCGUCUUCCAUAACGAAGCGUGGUCGACGCUGCUGCGGACGGUGUACAGCGUCCUGCACGCCUCGCCGGCCCUCCUGCUGAAGGAGAUCAUCUUGGUGGACGACGCCAGCACGGAUGACUACCUGAAGGACGAGCUGGAUCGCUACGUGGAGCAGCUCCAGAUCGUGCGAGUCGUGCGGCAGGACGAGCGGAAAGGACUGAUCACGGCGCGGCUGCUGGGGGCCAGCGUGGCCAGCGGGGAGGUCCUGACCUUCCUGGAUGCCCACUGUGAGUGUUUCCACGGCUGGCUGGAGCCCCUCUUAUCCCGCAUCGCCGAAGAGCCCACGGCCGUCGUAAGCCCCGACAUCGCCACCAUCGAUCUCAACACCUUUGAGUUUUCCAAGCCCGUCCAGAACGGCAAACAGCACAGCCGGGGCAACUUCGACUGGAGCCUGACUUUCGGCUGGGAGGUCGUUCCACCCCGGGAGAGGCAGCGAAGGAAGGAUGAGACCUUCCCCAUCAAGUCCCCGACCUUUGCCGGUGGCCUCUUUGCCAUCUCCAGGUCCUACUUCGAGCGUAUCGGCUCCUACGACGACCAGAUGGAGAUCUGGGGGGGCGAGAAUGUGGAGAUGUCCUUCAGGGUCUGGCAGUGCGGGGGUCAAGUCGAGAUCAUCCCUUGCUCCGUCGUGGGUCACGUCUUCCGCUCCAAGAGCCCCCACACCUUCCCCAAGGGCACCCAGGUCAUCUCCAGGAACCUGGUCCGCCUGGCCGAGGUCUGGAUGGACGACUACAAGGAGAUCUUCUACAGGAGGAACCAGCAAGCUGCGCAGAUGGCCAGAGAGAAGACGUAUGGUGACAUUACAGACCGGCACAAGCUGAGGGAACGGCUCCACUGCAAGAACUUCACCUGGUACCUCCAGACUGUCUACCCGGAGAUGUUCGUCCCUGACCUGACUCCCACUUUUUAUGGAGCGAUAAAAAACGAGGGCACCAAGAGCUGCUUGGACGUCGGUGAGAACAACCACGGUGGGAAACCACUCAUCAUGUACCCCUGCCACGGGAUGGGGGGCAACCAGUAUUUUGAGUACACGAGCCAGCGGGAGCUGCGGCACAACAUCGGGAAGGAACUUUGCCUGCGGGCAGGCUCGGGCUCGGCCGAGCUGGGUGACUGCCAGUACCGGGGGAAGCCCGGCCGGGUGCCGGGCAGCGAGGAGUGGGACCUGGCGCAGGACCGGCUGGUUAAAAACCCGGCCUCCGGUACGUGCUUGACGGCACGAGGGAAGCACCCGGCGAUGGUUCCCUGCGACCCAGCGGACCCGCACCAGCUCUGGUCCUUCACCUAGGCAGGGAGCAGAGUGGCCCGAGCCCCUCACCGUCCCCAACCAUGCUCAGGAAACCAGAAUUCAAAAAAAAACUUCCCUUUUUUUUUUUUUUUUUUUUUUUUUAUUUAAGAAGCAAAAGCCUUAAAUAUGCUGCAUGUCAUGGUUGCCUUGAACUCGGCCCCGUGCCUUUGGAGCGGGGAAGCCCGGGGAGCCGACCUCGGCUGGCGGUACCCCAUAGAGCCCCAAACCCAGCAGUCGUAGAGGUGCCUGAGGAUGCUCUUCAGCACCAGCUGCUGCUCAUCCUUCCCCUCCACGGCCCCAGCCAGAGCCUUUUCAAUUCAUAUUGGGCAUUUAAAAACGCAGCCGUGCUGCCCUGCACGUGAAAGCCGGGCGGGAAGCUCCUGCCAGUGAGGAGGAGGAUGGUGACCGGCCGUGCGGCUCAUCCCGUGGCAGGGUGGCCCCGUAGGGGCGAGGGAAUCCCCCCCGGUACUGCCGGGGCCGUGCCGGGACCCGGCCCUCGCCCGCUGCAGCACUGCGGGCAUCGUGCAUCGCUGCUGCCAGGAUGGGAGAAGUUGGGCUGUUUGCCUUAGAUAUCGGGCUUGAUUUGGGAAGGGGAAGUUAGGUUUGGUUUUUUUUUUAUCGUUAUUAUAUGAUGAUAAUUCCUGGGUGCGAUUCUGCUCGUCGUGCUGAUCUGGAGGAGGGUUUUCCCUGGAUGGCACAGCUCGAACCCACUGCGGCAUCCUCCCGGAGAGGCUCCUGCCAGCACCCGGGCACGAGAUCUCCUUCCUCCCCUGGUUUUCUUCAAGCCCAACUAAUGUAGCUGCCGCUUCUGUUGCCAUUUCAUUUAUAGUGGGGGGGAAGAUCCCUCCUGGAAGUGGCGUGGGGGUGAGAGAACCUGUCUUUGGAUACACAACCUCAAAUAAAGAGAUGAUUUAUUUUACGGA